AUGUUGAGGUCCCUCAAGGUGGCGCUUGCGGAACAAGAGCUGUUGAAAGUGGGAGCAUCCAUGAACGCUACGGCUUUCAGCGACCUCUUGCAAAGCGGCUACUACCGCAAGAACGGCACAGAACGCUGGGCCGCCCUUCGUUUCGUCAACGUCCCUGAUUGGACUCAGCCGAACGCGACGAAGACUGUUGGAGGGUACACAGUGGCCGGCUUCAGCGAGCCUGGCAAAGUCACCGGACCAACGUCGCUCACUGUCCCCGUCGGAACUCUUUGGGGGGAGGAGGCCUCGGUUCCCGGCGGCACCUCCGUUCCCUUGGGCCAGCUGAACAAUCGCCUCCAGGUGGAUUUGUUCUGGAACUCCACAGUCAGGGACGCACUGCCCAUGUUCUACCAGCAGUUGCACGAAACGGUCUUGCGAAGAACGCUCGGCGCCGGCGUGUUGAAGGACUCGAAGAUCCAGGUCAGCAACCAGCCGUUUCCUCUCACGAGCGGGCAGAAAGACCUCACCAACACGCAGACAAGCUUGAACCUGGCACUGGGUUUCGCUUUCAUCCCGGCCUCCGUCGGCGCGUUCAUCGUGCUGGAGCGGGAGACCGGCAGCAAGCACCUGCAGGUGAUCAGCGGCGUCAACUUCAUUUCUUACUGGACCUCGACAUGGAUUUGGGAUGUCCUGAACUACAUGGUGGCGGCCGUGGCCUCCAUCGUGCUAAUCGCCCUCUUCGGGGUCAACUCGUUGGUUAGUGCGGAAGUACUCCCAUGGACGGCCCUUUGUGUGUUGUUGUAUGGUGUCUGCUGCACCUCCUUCACCUACAUGCUCUCCUUCCUCUUCCGCUCCCACACGGCAGCGCAGAACGUCUUGCUGAUCGUCUACUUGUUCACGGGUGGCAUCCUCAUGAUCGUUGCGAUCGUGCUGUCUGUCAUUCCAUCCACCAAGGAUCUAGUCAGCAACACCCUCAUCUACAUCUUCCGUCUGCUGCCGAACUACUGCCUUGCCGACUCGCUCACGAACUUGAUCACCCGGGAGAACCCGGGCCUUUGGCUGUCCAAAGGUUGCCCUUUCCAGGGCUGCCAGCCAUACGACCUCGUGAUCACAGGCUACGACAUGCUCUACAUGGGCGUUGGCAGCCUCGUCUGGUUCGGGGCGGCUUUGCUCCUGGAGCUUGCGUUUGCCACGCCGAAGCUUAGAUCAGCCCUUGAGCUCUGGCAUGUGGAUGCACCGCGAGAUGAUACGCCGCUGGAAAACGCCGUGCAGCUUGAAAAGGAGCGGGUCCUGAGCGGAGGGGCCGACGGUGAAAUGGUGGUCCUUCGUGGCCUGCGCAAGGUGUUCCCGAGCCGCCGGCGAGCCGGGCCAAAGGUGGCGGUGCAGGAUCUUUACUUCGGAAUCCCAGAAGGAGAGUGCCUGGGGUUCUUGGGUCUCAACGGCGCCGGCAAGACGACGACCAUGAAGAUGUUGACUGGCGAGGAACUCUGCACCAGCGGUGAUGCAUCGAUCGGUGGUUUCGACAUCAAGACGCAGCAGAACCAGGUCCGGAGGUUGAUUGGCUACUGCCCGCAGUUCGAUGCCCUGAUAGGGACGCUCACCGCUCGGGAGCAUCUCACUCUUUUCGCCCGAAUCAAGGGCUUUCCCGAGUCGGAGCUGCCGGCAUACGUCGAUUCGCUCUUGGACCAGCUGACACUGCGGCCUUAUGCCGACAAGCAAGCUUUCUCCUUCUCAGGAGGAACACGCCGCAAGCUGUCUCUGGGCCUGUCCCUCGUCGGCGACCCACGCUGCGUCUUUCUGGACGAGCCGACCACGGGCGUGGAUCCCGAGUCGCGCAGGUUCAUGUGGAAGCUGAUCUCCAGCACGAUGGUUGGUCGUGCGGUGAUCCUGACCACGCACUCCAUGGAGGAGUGCGAGGCUUUGUGUAACAGAAUCGGAAUUAUGGUGAACGGGCGCCUGGUCUGUUUGGGAUCUGCGUCACAGCUGAAAGCCGCGCAUGGCUACGGCUACCAGUUCGAGGUGACCUUCGCGUCUGAUGUAGACCACGCCAAGGCCCACGAAGACUUGCGCGGUUUCCUCCUAGGACUGUUCCCUGAGGGACUGCGAGACGAGGAUUCCGGAGCUGGCCAACGAGCUCGCGCGAGGUAUCGCUUGCCCAAGGGGCAGAAGCCCAUCUCCGAAAUCUUCAAGCUUGUGGAGGAGCGCAAAGAAGCUCUCCGAAUCUCCGAGUACUCCGUGUCUGAGACCACGCUGGAGCAGCUGUUUAUACAGUUCGCCAAGCACCAGGAGGAGGAGUCGGAGGAUUCUUCGGCCCAGGACGCGGCCCUUCCCAACAAGGACACAGAGUCCAGCAGCAGCGAGGAAGCCAGGGAGCUACGCGAGUUGCGCGUGGCUGCAGGCACAGGAUCUGGCGCACCUCGUUGA